AUGGGGACCGUGGUGCUGGCACUGUUGGUGCUGGCUGUGACUCUCCUGAGCCCGGCCAUCGCCACGCUGCGCAUCGGUGCCUUCAACAUCCAGGCGUUUGGGGACACCAAGAUGUCCAACGAGGGAGUGGCGAGUGUCAUCAUCAACAUCCUGCGCCGCUACGACGUGGUGCUGGUGCAGGAGGUGCGGGACUCCGACCUCAGCGCCGUCACCCAGCUCAUGGAGCAGCUCAACAGCGAGUCCACAUCCCCGUAUGAGUAUGAGAUCAGCGACCCCCUGGGAAGGGACAACUACAAGGAGAUGUACCUCUUCAUCUACAGGGCAGAUGUUGUGUCUGUGGUGGACCCCUACCCGUACCAGCCCCAGGACGUCUUCAGCCGGGAGCCGUUCAUCCUGAGGGUCUCAGCGCCCCACACCAAGGUGGGGGAGUUCGUGCUGGUGCCGCUCCACUCGGCCCCGCACGACGCCAUCGCCGAGAUCGACGCGCUCUACGACGUCUACCUGGCCAUCCUCAACAAGUGGGGGACUGAU